AUGUCGAAACGCCAAGCUCCCUCCCUCAUCUCUGAGGCUGAAGAGCGAACGAAACAACUCAUCGACGAGAUCUUGAGUGAUCAACGCGUAUUCCGGAAACAAGCGGUAGAGGAAUCUCAAAAACAACGGGACGCUAAACUCCAGCUCGCACGAACAAACAAAUUGGACGAACGAGCCAAGGCCACCACGCUUGAGCUGACUCAGUCACAUGAGACGGUUGAUCUAAUGCAAUACGAUAUGAGUGAAAGGGGCUAUGAUAGGUUCGUCUCGAGAAGGGUAAACGUGGCUAUAAAAGAAGAUAAACCGCAUGUACUCAGCCAUACAAAAGGGAAAUACAAGAAGAAGUUGAUGAUGAAAUUAUAUAAAACUCUGGCCUCGACAUGUAUGCUGCUAUUCCUCAUCACAUAUUACAACGCUCAGGGCAUUGCGAUGGUCAAGGAGACGCCCACAGAAGAAUUCCGCUUCACGCAACAG